AUGUCGCUUUUUACACUCCCAAUGAUUCAAAAGAAGUAUUUCAAUAUGGAUGAUCAGGAUAUGCUUUCGGAACUUGUUAGUCGACUUAUUUUUUCUGCUGGAUUAGACAAUGAAGGAAGGCCAUUGGUGAUUUUGAAUGCAUCGAAUUUUCCUGAUCCUAAAAAUGUGGAUUAUGAUAUUCUUCUUAAACGUAUGCUGCUUGUUAUGGAUACGUAUGUCGACGAUAAUGACUAUUCGGUGGUGUUAUUUGCAGGAGGAGUGUGUUAUCGACCAAGCUGGAAUUGGUUUCUUCAUGCAUACCAUUCUCUUGGCAGGAAAUACCGCAAAUAUAUUAAGGUUUUAUAUAUAGUGCAUUCAACUUGGUGGGUUCGAGUUAUGUUAGAUUGUAUGCAUCAUUUAGUGAGUCCCAAGUUUGCUCGCAAGAUAAUUUACGUCUCAACACUGAGUGAACUAGCUAAGUUGGUUCCAUUUCUGCAGAUCAAUGUGCCUGCUGAUGUAUAUGCUCAUAAUUUAAAAUAUGAAUUGCAUAUUACAUUACCUAAUGCCACGUUUUUAGAAGGUAGAUCUCAAAUGUUUGGAAUAAGUUUAUCGCAGGUAAUGGGUACUGAGGGUGAAAAUGGUUUACCCAAAGUUGUAAAGGAUAUUUGUGAAUAUAUUAGAAGUGAAGCCUUGGCUGUUGAAGGCUUGUUUCGUCGAUCGCCUUCAUCAGUUUUAUUGAAACAGGUUCGUGAAGCGUAUGAUCGUGGAAAUCCAGUUACUUUAUCAGAAUAUGGCCCUCAUCUUGCUGCUGUUUUGUUGAAAUUAUAUCUUAGAUCUUUACCAGAACCUCUUUUUACACAUAAUUUAUAUCCUUUGAUUAGAAAAAUAUCUGAUCAGUCUUCUGCGAAUAUUCUAUUUAUUCGAAAUGUUUUACUUCCAAGGCUUUCUAGACCUGUUGUUAUAUUACUGUCUAAUAUAUGUUCAUUACUUCACGAUGUUUCUUUGCAUUCUAAAGAUAAUUUGAUGCAUCCACGUAAUCUUUCUAUUUGUAUUUCACCAACUCUUGUGAGGCAUCCAACAGAUCCUCUCCUUGAUGUUCAGCUUUGUAAUCUUGGUGGUGGUUUAGGAAUGUUAAUGGUUAUUGCUAUUGAAAGUACAUAUGAUGUAUUCGGUUUUGAUUAUCCUUCAAGUUCUGAGAGUCUGCAUUGUGAAAUUAUACAAGAUACUCAUGAGUCCUCUACACCUAGUUCUUCUUUAGAGCUUAUUUCUGCACCAUCUUCACAUGUUUCUUUGUCGCCAGUGUCAUCAUGUGUGUCGUCUUCAGUACUGGAACAAUUAAAAAGACCUGCUUCUGUUUCUGAAUUAUGUACAUCCAAUGAAGUUAUUAUGCCAUCGAAACAUGGAAUUACAAAUGAAAGCAUUUCUUUGUUAAAAAGCAGAUCCAAUAGGUCUUCCAAUUUAACAAUUCGAAGACUAAAUCUUUCCUCACUAUCUAAUUUUUCUUCUAUCUGUAGGAGAUCUUGUACAAGUCCUGUAUAUGAAACACUUAAUUUAAAGUCAACAUCUAGACCAGAAAUAUUUGUUUCAGCAAGAUAUAUUAUAAAUGAUUCUAAAUUUUUAAAAUUAAAAACUGGUCAUGUAGAAAGUCUGAAAAAUUUAUAUGAAAAAAAAUUUUCCACCCCAAAUGUUUCUAAACAAUUUGAUGUUUCAAAGCUGCAUGGGAAACGUGUUAUAAUUUAA